AUGCUUUGUCUUUCGGUGCUUUUAGGGUUCUUAUGGAUUUUCCAAGGUGUUUUAGCAGGAGACAUGACUUCGUUCUUGUCAGUGAAUGCACAUCGUUAUAUCAACCCAGUUGAAACAAAACAAGUGAACUAUUUGGUAGAGCUUUUGUUGUUGAGCAAUAACGAGGAGCCAUUAGUUGUGUUACAAUUUGAUAAUUUCAAUUUACUGGAUCAUUUCGAUGAGAAACAUGCCCAGACGUAUCCAUUUUUAACGGCAUUGUUCGAGACUAGUCUCGUGACAGUAUUGGAAGAGCAGAACGUCGAUGCUUUAAAGAGUGGGUUUGACCAUGCGAAUUUGAUGCAGAUCAAUGAGAUCCCUGCUUCUGCUAGUGACCUGUUACGUUACAAGUUUUCAUCAAGUGAUAAGGCGGUUGUGGUGGAAUUCACCAAAGAGAAUUACGAUAUUGCAGAGUUGGACGAUUUCUUACAGACAAUGUAUGCAUUCAUGGAAGACUCUUUGAAGAACAUUGAUAACAUAGUGCUUAGGGUUCCAACAAGCAGCGAUAGCAGUACGAAGUUGAAAAGUUUGAGAAAUGGUGAGACUUCUAAGGACGUUGGUGUUGACGAUCCAGAAAACUCACAUGAGGAUGAACCAGAGGAUAGCGACGCAUUGAGUUCCUUAUGGACUGAAGGAUUGCUAAGUUGCUUGAUAGUGUCAGGCCUGCUUCUUGCAAUCUUAGUCGUUGCUAUCUCAUGGCUCGCUUCUCUUGAUAUUUCGUACGGAGCUUUGGAGAAGUCCGCUAACCCAUUAAAGAAGAACAACUAA